GGCGAAUCAAGCAAGAUCAGUCACCAAAGUCAUGAAUAUCCUGCUUUUCUUAGCCCUUUUCAUUACUCAUAGUGUCACAGGCCUCUCAAUAACGGACUUGCUUGACAACAUACCACUUUGUGCUUAUCCAUGCCUAUCCGAGGCUCUUGCAUCGCAUGCUUGUCACGACGAGUUAGAGAAGUGCAUUUGUUCGAACUUCGAUCUUCAAGCUCAGUUAUCAGUUUGUGCUCAGAGGUUGUGUUCAUUCGAAGACCAACUGGUCGCCGUUGCCGUUGAGGCCGAUCUUUGUGCUGCAUACCCGAAGCCAUCAAGAACAUCGGAAGUGCAAAACACGGUUGCCAUUGGCUCUGCCCUGCUGUUCCCCGUGGUCGCAUUAAGGAUAUACUCGAGGAAGAGGCAAGGAGGAAGGCUCUGGCGAGAUGACUACGCUGCACUCACGAGCAUGGUUCUCUUGGUGGUAUUAGCAGGCAUUGACCUUUAUAUCGCCCAGCUAGGUUUUGGAAUGCACUAUUGGACAAUUCCAAUCGGAAACGGACAUUUAAUCCUCAAGUAUUUCUAUAUCGGAUCGAUCGUCUACAUCGUUCUCCAGACCAUCAGCAAAGUUUCUUUCUUACUUCUCCUCGGUCAAGUCUUCCCCGGGCGACGGCUGCAAAAAUGUGUACAGCUGCUAUACGUCGUUCUCGCCUCUCACGGUUGCAUCUAUUCAAUGCUGUUUGCACUUCAAUGCCUUCCGGUGAAGUCAAUCUGGGACCGCCACAUCAGAAGCUCGAAAUGCUUGGAUAUCGUCGCCAUAGCUUAUAGCAAUGGAGCGUUGAGUAUACUGGAGGAUAUAGCUAUACUAAUCCUGCCCUUUCCAGAAGUUUGGCGCCUGAACAUGGGUCGUCGACAUCGUGUAGCAUUACUUUUGCUAUUCAGUGUUGGCUUGUUUGCAUGCAUUACUUCAAUGGUUCGCAUGAACUUCGUGGUUCAGUAUACCGUCACGCUAGAUUCUACAUGGGACAAUGUGGAUAUAGUUAUCUGGUCGUUCAUCGAGCAGAUAACUCUUACCAGCGCUCCGGCAGCUUCUGGGUCCCUUCUCAUCAAACAAAGUCAAAAGUUCGAGCCUGCCUGCAGGUGGCAUAACCGUCACUCAGGAGGUGGUGGUUAA